ACUGCGAAGUGCACUGGCCUUGUGAUAAAAAUAAUUUGAUGAAAUCAAUUUUCUCUUUUGUUCCCUCUAAUAAAAUUUACUACACGUCGCUUUCAGUAGUUUUCGUCGAGUCGUCCGUUCGUUUUCCCAAUUACACCCAUUGCCUGAAACUGAACAUCGCUUUACAAUGGGGUCCGUGUUUAAGCCGGAAUGCUUUUUCGAUCGGUAGGAAAUGUCAAAUGCACAUCAUCAAGGCUUCGAACAUCUCCGACCGAUACACCGCUGUGCGCGACAUGUCGAACAAAACCUAUGUGAUAGUAAUUUGUGAUAAAUAAUAUCUAAAACAGCAUCAACAGUCAAUCGUGUUCCGGACAUGGGACCACCAACCAAGCCUUUGACCAAUGGUGCUCCAGUAAGAAAAUCUAUGUUUGAACAUGUCAAAAUUGAACAUAUGGUUGCCGGGUUUUCAGGCGGUGUUGCAUCAACACUUAUACUUCAUCCCUUAGAUUUAUUGAAAAUUAGAUUUGCUGUUAACGAUGGUAGAAAUGCUAUACCAAGUUAUGCUGGAUUAGGAAAUGCUGUUACUACAAUAUUUAGGCAGGAAGGAAUCAAAGGACUUUACAAAGGAGUAACACCAAAUGUUUGGGGAUCAGGAAGUGCUUGGGGUUUUUAUUUUCUAUUUUACAAUUCAAUUAAAGCAUGGAUUCAAGGUGGCAAUACAAAAAAACCUUUGGGUCCUGCAUUGCAUAUGACUGCUGCAGCAGAAGCAGGCAUUCUUACAUUAAUUAUGACCAAUCCAGUAUGGGUUGUCAAAACUCGUCUAUGUUUGCAAUUUGAUAAACCCAGUGAUCCAAGCAAAUCAUACAGUGGCAUGUGGGAUGCGUUUCGCAAGAUCUAUGGUGCUGAGGGUGUACGAGGCCUGUACAAGGGAUUCGUUCCGGGCAUGUUUGGCGUAUCACAUGGUGCCUUGCAGUUCAUGACUUAUGAAGAAAUGAAGACAUUUUAUAAUGAAUACAGAAGAUUACCAAUUGAUGCUAAAUUGGAAACAUCUGAGUACAUUGUGUUUGCAGCAUUUUCAAAACUUAUUGCAGCUGGUUUGACUUAUCCCUAUCAAGUGAUUCGUGCAAGAUUGCAAGAUCAACAUCGUGAAUAUAAAGGCACUUGGCAUUGUAUAACACAAACAUGGAGGUAUGAAGGUACAAAAGGGUUUUAUAAAGGAAUUGGACCUAAUCUAUUGAGAGUUGUACCUGCAACCAUAAUUACAUUUGUUAUCCAUGAAAAAGUAUCAAGAUACUUAAUUAGUAUAAAUAAUAUUCUCUAGACUGUAUACAUAUUUAAAUUAUUAGUUUUUUUCGUAGGUUCUAUAAUACUUUUGUGCUCUAUGUUGUAUACCAAACCAUAUAAAUAAGUUUACCAAUUGUUGACUGCUAGUACUUAAACGUGAAUACUGAAAUGUGUGUCUAAUUAUUAAUUUUUUCUUUUUGAGCAAAUAUAGUUUUGUAAUAAUAUUUUUUUAUAGCAAAACAAUUUUAUUUAUGAUAUUAAUAGGUACAGUGUGCAAUAAUUAAUAAAGUACAAUAAGAUAAUGCCGCAGCACUUCUUUUCGACAGAUUUUAUAGCAUAUAAGUAAAUGUUCAAAGUAAUAAAUAAACUGUCUCAUCUACCUACUUUAAA